GCGCUGUCGAGAAGCUGGGAAUGUCAAUGUCAAACCGUUUCAUCGACAAGUUUGAUCGUAAAUUUUUGACAGCGCCACUGGUUUUUGUCAACAAACAACUCACGGUGCAGGACGCCAGAAAACGGAUUACGAUAAAACCAGCAGAAAGUUGGAAAUAUGGAGAAAAAUCGUUACAGUACGAUGAAGAAAAUAUGCUCCUACAAAGGGUGCAACAACACCACCGUUUCGAACCCGGCAGUGACGUACUUUCUGUUCCCCAGAGACCCCAACCGGUGCAAAGUAUGGGCCGAGAAUUCUGGCCUGACCGAACAAGACCUCCGCAGCACAUCCGCUCGCUAUCUGUGCGAAAUUCACUUUCCAGGCAUCUAUCAGUGCCAUAGUCCACGUCGGAAACUGCUUCUACAAACUGCUGUGCCGUAUCCGUACGAAACUACGUACACGGAUCCCGAGGAUGAAGGCCAUGAAAAUAUGGAAGAAAAUGAGCCUGAGCCUGUUCAAAUUAAUGCACCUUGCGAGCCCAGAUGGGUGGAGGCAUCGGCAAUCAGGACGAUGGAAAUGAUAGAACAAGAUGAUCUCACGUUGAAAAUUAAAGACGAAGCCAAAGCAAACCCCGAAAACGAGACUACUGUAUCGCUCAAAAGAAAAGAUGUCAACGAAGGGAUUGGUCAAGCGAAAGUAAAGAUGCCCAGAUAUACACCGUCUAGCCGACAACAACCAAGCAGGAAUGAGAUUAAUGAGUAUACACUGCAGAUCGAAGACGGAAUUAUGCUACGCAAAACGAAACCGGGUAUCAACAAAGCAUUGCCAGGCGGCUCGAAACAAGUAAUCAAAAAGUUACCGUCUUCCCAUAUUACGGACCAUUCGACUAUGAAGUCUCCGGUUACUUCCUCAACGAAUUUUGUCGAAAUAAUCGAACAAGGGGAGGAUCAGGUUUCCAUUGAAAGCGAAGAUGAAACGGAGGAGAGCAGCAUUCAUAUAAAUGAAUUAGUUAUCAAAGGUGAAAAGUAUGUUCAGAUGCCGAAGGCAUUGUAUCAAAAACAGCUAGCCGAUCUUCGUUGCAAAGUGGCAUAUUACGAGCAUAUUAUGCGAACCAUACGACAAACGGUAGACCAUGCCUUCUCGUCUGAUACAUAAUGGACGGGAUAGGAUUAAUUAGUUUUUAAUUGAGAAUAAACACGAUAAUCAUAGCGAUAAUUCU